AUGCAACUUUCUAUCCUAAUUUUUAAUUGGCUGGACAGUACAAAAGUAGCAGAGUUGUCAGAGAGCAGAUGUAAUACCCAGGAUGUAAGAUGCGAUGCUAAACAGUCUUCUAAAAACGGAUCGUCUUCUGCACAUUUCGCUUGUGAUGACUACAUGGAAACAUUUUCCCUUACCGGAAAUGACGUAAAGCAGAACUGGUCAAUGACCCUUGAUAGAGAUUAUUCAAUCUUCUGGAUAUUCCUAAGCAUUAGCUGUGGACUAUACGACAUCCACAUACAGAAAGACACCCAUAAACCCCGAAGUUGUUCCCAAAUUGAAAGAACGUGCAAUACAACCACCCAAAGUGAAACUGUAACUUGCAACCUCGAUAACUAUGGACCUACUGAAGGAAACAAAAUUAUUAUUUCAAAACUAGAUCAUGGCGCCCUGCAAAUUGAUGAAAUAAAACCAAGAAAAUUUGAAUCUUGGAAUAUCCCGCAAAAGAACCAUUCUGGUGGCGAUGAAGGCAAAAAGAUUUUAGACGGUGAUGUAGACACUUACUUUGUAAUUGAAGCACGGGACAAUGCAACAUGGUAUAUGAUGCUGAACAAUAGUUAGGAAAUCAAAUGGAUACUUCUUAUUAG